CGUACUGGACGACGAAGGAAUUGUUCUGAGCCUCAGUUCUCUGCUUCUAUACGUCUACGCCAGCUUGGACAACCUUGACAUUUUGUUGCUGUAAAGACUGAAUGGCAAACCCUCGGCAGCGUAGAAAGGCUAGGUCGGGGUCGCAUAGAGCAAUCUCUCACUCUAAACACGCAAAACGGAACUUGAAGAAAACGCCGCCAAUCCACGGACCCAAAGUUCUACAAGAUGCAUGGGAUAGUAGGAAAACUGUCAGACAAAACUACGCUGCCCUCGGACUUAUCCACGACCUAAACCCAUCUGCAUCAGGUGGCGCUGAGCCCUUGGAGGAGACCAUUGACGAUCUUCCUCCGGCGCAAGUUGCGCCUGAUUCAGAGGUAGCACAAGCUAGUGCAUCAACAAAACUGCCCCAAGGCUAUGGUAGAAUCAUUCGAGACGAUGCGGGCAAUGUGCUGCGUGUCGAAUUACCAGAGCAAGAUCAAGAGGGCGACAACCCUAAUAGCCCUGGGAGAGACAUUGAUAUGGAAACAUUGGAACCCGAUGUAGAUCAGAAAGUCCUCCAAAAAUGGGUCGCGGAUUUAGGUGGUUCAGAGACACGAAGACCUACAGGAAAAGAUGGCGACAUUGUUAAAGAGCUCGAACGUCUAUCCGCUGUUCCGACAAAUAAGACGCAAACUACGCUCUCAAUUGCGUUGACAGGAUCGGGACCUCGCCAUACGGCCAAGGGCGAGCUGGAGUAUCUUCUGAAGCUCGUUGAAAAACACGGCAAAGACGCGGAGAAAAUGGCGAAGGAUCGCAAACUGAACCCAGAUCAGCGGACCACUGGGGAGCUGCGGCGCGCGCUGAAGAGGGCCGGGUUAACUUAGAUUUUCACGAGAAUUAAUGAAUUGUAGGCGUCUACACACACAUAUGAUGUAGUGAAGUAUUGAGGAGGUCGUACUGGUACAUAUACGGAACGCGCUGUCAAGCGUCGGAGAAGCGUGAUUGAAUGACAUUGGAUGAUGGAUGUACGGUAAAACGUCCGGAGAAAUGCAAUUUUUUUUACAAAGCCGUCGCCGCAGUACAGACAGCACA